CAUCGACACACACUAAGGCACGCCAUGGACUCCACGAACGGACCGUCGGCCCCACCGACGGCCACUUCCAACUGGACCUCCCAGCCGGCCAGCACCGAGAGCGCGGCAUGCGACCUGCCGCCCCCGGUGCCCGAGGGCAUGCAGGCCCUGAUGUACAUCAUGUACAUCGCCGUGUCCGUGGCGGCCAUCGGCGGAAACGGCAUCGUGUGCUACAUUGUGCUCGCAUACCAGCGCAUGCGGACCGUGACAAACAUGUUCAUCAUGAACCUGGCCAUCGGGGAUAUCCUGAUGGCGUCCCUCUGCAUCCCGUUCACCUUCGUGUCCAAUCUGCUGCUCGGCUACUGGCCCUUUGGCGGCGUCAUGUGCGUGGUGGUGACGUACGCCCAGUGUGUCACUGUCUUCAUCUCGGCCUACACGCUCAUUGCCAUAUCGGUGGACCGGUACACGGCCAUCGUGUACCCGCUUCGGCCGCGGAUGACCAAGCUCCGCUCUAAGAUCAUAAUCGGCGUCGUGUGGCUCGUGGCGCUGGUGACGCCGCUGCCGACGGCACUGGUGACGCAGCUGGUGCCGCACCCGUGCGCGAACCAGACGUACUACUGCCUGGAGCAGUGGGGCACCCCGGAGCAGACCACCUACUACAGCAUGGCCCUGAUGAUCCUGCAGUACUUCUUCCCGCUGCUCGCGCUCAUCUUCACGUACACCCGGAUCGCGGUCGUGGUCUGGGGCAAGGAAACGCCCGGAGAGGCCCAAGACGAACGAGACCAGCGGAUGGCGGCGUCGAAACGAAAGAUGAUCAAAAUGAUGAUCAUGGUUGUGACGGUGUUCAUGCUGUGCUGGUUCCCGCUGAACGCGUACAUCCUGCUCUCGGACCUCAACCCGGACAUCAACAGCUACGAGUACAUCCGCUACAUCUACUUCGUCAUCCACUGGCUGGCCAUGAGCCACGCUUCCUACAACCCGUUCAUCUACUGCUGGAUGAACGCCAAGUUCCGCGAGGGCUUCGGCAACCUGACCCGUCGCUGCUGGCCGCCGGUCUGCUGGCCGGGGCGGCUCAGGAGACAAACGCUUCGCAAGGAGUCGAACGAGGGCGCCGCUUUGCGCCGCGUCAACACGUACACCACGUACGUGAGCGUACGUGCUGCGGGCGGAGGCUCCAGCCUCAAGUUCAACGGCAACCGCGGUCUCAAGGAGGUCAACGGCAAGAUCGGAGACUACGAAGACUCCCGGGUCUGAGCGUCGCCUCUGUGUGUGUAUGUGUGUGUGUCUGGCGCGAAGAAAACGCGUUGGUGUGGCGAUGCCGAAACGUCUGUUCGGUCUUGAUGACUAAUGCGCUCAAGGACUACGAAGAAGCUCCAUAGAAGUGAGGAAGCUAUCGUGCUCACAACGUGAGAGUGAAAUCGGGUGUUACGUCCGGUCACAUCGCCCGUGCUUAACAUUUACGAGUGUGUGACACUGGUAUAGUUUGUUUUCUCGUGUAUCAAGUAAAACAGAAAAGGUCACUCCUCAUAAACUGUGCUCACGCUCUUCGGCAACGGGAAACUUCGAACUCAAGACACUCUACACGCGUGCGGUUAGCCUCUCUCCCGUGUUUAAAAUCUGGUCUUCGCUGCUCUUAUGUUUACACUGAGUAUUGCAUGCUACACUUGAUGUUCGUCUCAAACAUGCCCAUAUACAUGGCUUGCACUGGCGUCAUAUCGGCGGCCUCGAGGCGGCAGUACUGUUGAGGUGUACCUUCUGGAAAUUACACUUCGCAACACCGACUUCAUUUUUCUCUGCAAGAGCGAGUACAAAUGACCACCAGCGCGACUCGACUACGUCACUUGCAAUCCAUGUGUACUAUUGUGUUUGUUGCGCGAAACGCGCCCCCAGUGACCAGCCGAAGUGCAGCCGUCGCGAUGCUCACAGACACAUGUGCAGCAACCACAAGGUCAGUGACGUUCACUGUCUUGAACACUGGCAAAACGGACACUGCCCUGGUCAAGCAGCAAAAUAUUUGACACUUAAAUGUUGUUUUGGCACCUUUUUCGUACCAUAAGGGGAUAUUAAUAAGAAGAAAGGUGGAUAGAUCGCACGAGGUCGCAUCUACAAUGUUAAAACAAUGAAAAGAAAAAAGUAUCCAAGAAAUGGGCUUUGUUUGAGGGCCAGAUGCGUACUCAUACCGUCCACGAUAUUAGAGAAAACGCAGAGCGCCCUGCGUUUGCGUUAGCGUUGCGUGCUCCACACCGAGCAUGCGCGGCGUCUCCCUGCACCAAUCCAAGACCGCAGUUUGGGUUCCGCGCACGCUCAGUAUUGAACACGCAACGCUACCGCAAACGCAAAGUGCUUUGCGUUAGCGUUGCGUGUUCCAUACGCAAUACUAAAAGUCACUACUAUUGGGAAAGGCAGCUCGCUUAUAUUGCUACAAACAUUGAUAGUUUAAGAAACGCGGGGCCCUGCUUAUUAUGUUAAUGCGUCUUGCUUUGUGAUUGGUCCUGCAGCAUUCUUAUCGGGUAAUGCUGCUAUCUCAUUGGCUGAGGGACGAUAAUGAAAUAGGAAGAUAUGUUGAUAACAUGCAAAUUUAAAAAUAUUUGUUUCAACUGUAUGCAGUGCGUCAAAAGUGCACGUAAAGCGCUGGUGUAAUCGAACACGAGGUCAAAAGACGCGUGGCAUCGUUUCGAAAGUUGUACUUCUGGUUCGCUAAAAUAUUUCAAAAAGAACAUUUCAUGCCAAAGCCUUGAGUUCAGCAUCGUUACGUGAUUGUGAAGCUUCAUUUACUAUAAGCGAAAGAAUGCGGGAUUAAUGCAGAUUAGGAAGCAUCCUGAUCUAAAACUGAUAUUUUGCGCCUCCUGUUCACUAUUUUAUUUCUCCGUGUCCCAGGGUUUAUGUUAUUAUGUCUUUUGCAGUGGUGUAUUGAGUGUGAAUGCGGGCAAGAGUAAAAUAUCCAGUCAAUAUGAGUGUUUUUGUGUACAGCUAGGGCGUGGUACAGUAAGGCCGAACGCGCAAUCUGCUAUAUUUGUUCACAACUUCACACGGUUAAAAUAUUGACAUAAAAAUAUCCACAAUAGUGCAAUAAAAUCCAAUCUUGUUUGGCACUAACCACUACGAGUAAAAUGCGACAAAACAGAGAAGCCUUCUUCAAGUUAAAUAUGCUUUACCGCUCUUUACGUACACACCGCAAAUUAAUGUCGAGUUGUGAUUUGCCGGGUAAUCUUAGCUGGUCUAAUCUAUUUGUCUAAAGGGUUGCGAUAUCAACUAAUGACGGUGUUCGUACAAGGUAGGUUACUGUAUCUGGAAAAGUAGCGCCAUUGCCUUCCCGCCUGCUAGCCGGACACAAGCAAAUACCAACAUACAGGCGACGAAACCUCUCAAAGUGAUUGGAUGAUUGGUCUCGGUUGCCAUAGCUAUCGCCAUUUUGCGCCUCUCAAAUGCUCGAAGCUUCGAAAGGGUCGUUUCAAUUAGUCGCAGCAAAAUCGCUAUCCAUCAUGGCACUGAAAGCGUUC